AUUUUGAUGUUUGACUGCAAAACAUGUGAUUCAGUGACCAAUUGAGUGAUAGUCUUGAAGUAAAACUUUUUGUUAAUACUAUUUAAGACGAGAUGUCGACAAAUGAAAUGAAUUUGUCGUAUCUGUUGAUUAGUGAACACUUCGGGCCGAUUGUGGCCAAUGUGGCCAACGUUUUGCUUCACAACGGACUCUCACCAUUAGGUCUGAUCGUUAAGACAUCGAAAGAGACGAUGGAAAACGUGAAGAAGUCUUUAGUGAUAUUAAUACAACAUAAUUAUGUGAUCCAUGAGAUGAACAAAAAAGGAUUCAUCGACUAUGACAUCGACACCAAACAAGUGAUGUCUAUCUUAAGAUAUCCAAAGUAUAUCUAUGUCUCGAAAAUGCUUUUGGGAGACGAAGCAGAAUAUAUGUGUGAAGAACUUCUCAGACAUGGAGUGAUGACAAUGAGUCAAACCAUACAACAAGUUGUUAAUCGGUUGGCCAUUGCUUUGGACCACAAGAACUGUCAUCAAUUGGUUCAUAAUGUGUAUAACGUGUUCACCAAAUUAGUGUCAAUACAUUUCAUUCAAAGAGCUCACACUCUUAACGAUAACCGAAACAAUUUUACGGCCAUUAAAGACAAAUCACUCGUUGAUGAUAAUGAAGACAACGAUCAUCUUAUGUAUACAUUGCCGGACAUUGAUCUCAAUCUUAUCAAAAUUAAUAACAAUAAACAACAAAAUAAUGAUAAAUCAGAUGUUAAAAUAAAAAGUGAAGACAUUGAAGAACCUCUUCCAAAGAAACGCCGAGUUAGUAGUGAUUUGCCAAAUGUUAGACAAAAGGAUUUAGAUAUCUAUUGGAAAAUUAAUUUAAAACGAUUUAAUCAAUACCUUAGGGAUCAGUUAAUAAUUGAUGCGAUUAAGACUCAUUACGACGACCCGAUUGCCGGAGAAAUUGUAAGAAAUAUUCUGAGAUUGUCUGAAGUAAAUACACAUCCAAUGAAAGCCUCUACUCAUCCGCUUUCAAAACAUGAAAUCAUUAAAGAAGUUCUCAAAGAGAAAGUCUGUUCCGAAGGUGUUUUUGUGGAACAAUUACUCCAUUGUUUUAAUGAUGACAUGAACUUUAGGUUUGUUACCAAAGCUGAAGAUCGUAGCGAUGGUAUGUUUUCAGUUAAUUUGUUGCGAACAUUAAACAAGUUGGUUGAAGACACUUUGGUGACUAUCAUUCAGACCAGGUUUUGUAGUAAAAGUGCCAGAAUUUUCCGAUUGUUGUUGAAUAAGAAAUAUUUACAACAAAAACAGAUUGAAGACAUGGCAAUGAUUCCCGCAAAAGAAGCCAAAGAAUUGACUUAUAAAUUAUAUACCAAUAAUGUGCUUAAAGUACUUCAAUGUCCAAAAACUUCAGACUAUGCGCCCUCCAGAACCUACUUCUUGUUUACUGUGGACACGACUGCUAUUGCUAAGCAAACAUUGCAGCGCUGCUACCAAUCGGUUUCCAAUGCAAUCAAUCGACGACUCCAUGAAGUACAACAAAAUAAGACAUUACUCGAGCGCAAGAACUUUAUUGAUGCCGUUAUAUCGAGUCUAGAACACCAACAGACUUAUCAAGACGUUGAACAACAGAUCCAGGAUUUGAAAAAUUCUUUCACUACUCACGACACGGAACUUCUUGAGAAAAUUAAUAAAAAUAUCAAAAAAUUAGAAGAAAGUGAAUUACAAACUGAAGAGACCAUCUUUUUAAUGCACACUUGGCUUAACUUAAGACUUAUAAAUAGUAAAGAAGGAAAUAUUAUUGAUAGUACAGUAUUGGCUAAAAUGUAA